AUGCCAUCCUAUGGAGCAGUCGAUACACAGCGAUCCGAGGACGCUGAGACCAAUGCUGCCGACAAUUCCUUUGAAGAAAUGGACAUGCGCUUUCUAAAGGAGCAGAAGGUCUCACAGGACGCCCGUCGGCGCAAGGUGAUAUCCGCUUUGGUUCCCAUUCUCGUCGCCCUUGUCAUCAUCCUUCUCUUUGCAAAGAUUUCACUCGGAGCAAUUGGACCAGCGCAUGACCCCAAAUACCCUACGGAAUACGGAUCCAAGGCAGCUCCAGCACCCUCUCCAAAGUCAUCCACACCAACUGGAGAAGAACCAUCAUCAGUGUCGGCUUUUCCUCCGGCCUCGUCAUAUUCGUCGUCUUCCAACACAACGGCCAAGAACAAGAACAUGAACACUACUAGUACGAGUAUCACCACCACAGCGUCGUGUAGUGAAAAUAGACCAUGCUAUCAACUGGGGUUAACAGGUCAAUGCUGUCCAACUGGGGAGGGUGUCAUGUUGGGUUGUUGCCAAUAG